AAUUAGUAAUGGCGUCUACAGCAGCCUCAACCGAAAGGGAAAACUUUCCAUCAUCGUUCAGCAGCAUGAAAUAUCAGUAUCCACCUGUGUUCAAAGAUUUCCUCAUCCGCCUUGCCAAAUCUUUGGACAGCGAAAAUCGUGCAGCAUUCCAGUUUUGGUGUAAGGGUCUUCUCCCGGGCUCGAUGUUGGAUGGCGACAUGACCACUGAUGCUGAGUUCUUCGCAUUGAUCGAUUCCCUUCUGAAUUCUAAUGAAUUAUCUCUCACCAACAUGAAAGUGCUUAAAGAUAUCCUCUCAAGUAUUGGCCGUAUGGAUCUGCUGCAGGAGCUUAAAAAAGUAAAAUUGCGAAUCUCAAUUGGUAUCAUUUUAGAAGAUUACCUGAAGUUCAAAUCUGUUGAUGACUUCCGCCAGGGCACUCCUAUGAAAUCUCCUGAAAAUCACAGUAAUAUUGUGAAGCUUCUACUUACCACUAAAGAAGAAAAUCUUUACCUGAUAACAGAAGUCCUUGGACAGUUGAAGCCACUUUGUUCUGAUCAAAACUUCGUGAAGAAAUUUACAAAUAUUGCUCUUCUUGGCUCAAAACUAUCGUGGCCGAUGAUUAGCUCAUCUUUGGUUAUUAUUGGCGAGCUUUAUGCUUUGCUUACACCACAGUCAAGAAGUUUCGAGAGUGGUUUUUAUGUUUACCUGUUUUCCAUGACCAAGGCAAGCAAGUUGCUAUCAGAUUGGAUUUUUGAAAACGGUGGUUUGAAAAUGUAUAAUGAAUUCAUCAGCAAGAAACAACGAGCAACAAUCAGUGAAUCAGUGCCAUCUUCCCUUGGGAAAUCUCUGAAAGACAAAAUCGAGCUGCUUGGAAGUCGUGUGGGUCUACCGUUAAGAAAUUAAGUUGAAAAUGCUGUUUACUUCUUUACCAUCCUGAAUAUCAUUUGUGUGAUCUUUUUAUACCUACCCCCUCUUAUGGACUGCCACCUUGCCGUGGUGGAGGGGCUUAUGCGUUUCAAUGAUCCUGAGAACUCAGCCGGUGGAGGCAUGUGAGCCUCUGGCAGGUACAACCAAGCCGGAAAGAUCAAAGGGGAGAAACCAGACCAAAAGGCAGUCAAAAUUCCUACUCUGUACAUCAGCAGAAAUCAGGACUUUUAUUAUCUCUUGAAAUGGAAGAAUUGGCCUCUAUGGACCAGCACAUGGGAACCUUCAGCUCAUUUGUGUGAUCAGCUUAUCAGGACCUUAUACAGCAACCCUCCUGUCUCCAUGGAAAGGUUACAGAGUGUAUCAGCUUCAUUUCUGGAAGGCAUCCUAUCCUUGAGGCGGAUGCAAUCAAAGUUUAUUAUUCCUCUGAGUUGAGGGUGGAUCAUGAUAUUGUUAGAUAUGGUUUUUGAGGAAAAGGUAAAAAACCACACAAUGGAGUUAGCAUGCUCUAUGAAGAGGACAAUUUUUCUUGCCCUGGGCUUUCUCCAAAUUGGUGGUAUUAUUUAUUAUAAAUGAACUUGGAGAAGGAAUAGCAGUUGACUUUCCUUUCAAGUUAAAAACUGUUCUUACUUAUUCAAAACAUAAGCACACUUAGCAUGCAAGAGUUAUUUUUUGGCUGGGUGGGUUGAGAUGGGACAGUUUGUUUACUUAGUAUUUUCAUUUUUGUCACCAAAAAGAGCAUAACCUUCAAAAACAAAAAUAUCGCUGAAACACAAGAAAAAAACCUAAUUUAUCUGAAUUCACACAGAGAUUAUGUGAUCUGUUUCUAUUGUUAUUCUAAGUUAAAUUGAAAUGCAUGGGUGCCACACUUACUGUUGUCUCCUUUGCAGCUGUUAGUUAGUCUCGUCACUCAACGCCCUCUAUUUCCUGUUUGAGAGAGAGCGCACGUUGCCUGACAAGACCAAAUAACAAUGGCGAAAAAGACUAUGCAACAAUAUUUCAAAGAGGGCUCCUAAUUGGUUGUUGCCCAUCUGGACUUUACCCUAUGUGUGUGAAAUGUGUGAUAAAAUGCAGGUUCUUUUACAAUGAAAUUAACUCAUAAUUGGUUAAGUCCAAGGUAGCUUAAAGCAACUUUUAUCCAUAGAAAAGUCAAAUGCAGGAAAAUUACGUGGUAAACUCAACAUCAGUAGCAUCUAGUUCCAUGUGAAUUUUUUUCAGUGGGGUUGGACAAUGCAGUUAUGAUAUGUAAUAGAAUGCAGGUUGUUUACAAGAAAAUGACAUGUAAUAGAGCAAAGUCCAAUGUGGCAAAAUGGAAUUUGAUUGGUGGAAUACAACUGAAGCACAUAAAAAAUUGCAUAAUGUUCAUAUAGUGUACUGAUGAGGUAUGUUCUGAUUGGACCUUAGACGUUGUUUUCAUGUUACAAGAUGGUAUGUAAGUUGUUUGGCAUGUGCAUUGUGAGCAAAGGAGUGAAAAAAACACGAUUUAACUUUAAAAUUUAAAUAUAUGCCUUUCAUAUCCCGAUAAAUCUUAUCCUCAGUCAACGAGGCUCUUGUGAAGGCCACAAACCUUUACACUUAUCAAAUGAGCCCAAAAUUUCUGGUUAAUGUCAUUCUUUGUGCACAGUCAAGUGAUCAAUGACAGCAUUUAAAGAAAACAAUUUACCCAAACGUUGUGCUUGGUGCAGGACAUUCAAUUGCUAUGAUAUGAUUGGUGCAGGACAUUCAAAUGCUAUGAUAUGAUUGGUGCAAGAUACAUAUCCUAAUGUGGCAAUCUGAUUGGUGCAACAUACCACUCUUUACGUUAACGUAGAGUCAAAAUUUUUUUGUUGAAAAAAAAAACUCAAAAAGCAUUUCAUGUCAUGGAGUGGCCAAAUCAAAUUAGUGCCAAAUUUUCCAGUUGAGAAAGUUGUUUUAAUUUAACAGAAUAGCUUGUAAUUCCACAAACAUUUAAUUUUCUUUAGGGCAGGUGAAUAUAAUAAUCCUUUGCAUAUGAAUAUAAUCCAUUGUCUGACAAUAAUAAUAAUUUUGAAAACAUAUUUAAACACGGGCAAGCAAACAGAUGGAAGUUUAAGUAUUGAAAUAAAGAUAAAAAUUAUUUACAUAUU